GGCACUCGUCUCUGGCGGCACGGAGCGAUCCUUGCUUAUCUGCUUCGUGCUCUUCGGACCGAGACCGCCCCCCCGAUUCUUCUCGCCAUUGUAGGACAGAAAUCAUAUGCCGGUCAGUUGCAUGAGUUGGGUCUUGUGAUGGAUCUCACAUGAAUCUGGUAUGACUUUCCUCGGUGGCUCAUCGAACACCGUAUAUGGCUUACCAAUUGUACGGCUAUCCCAAUCGUGAGUUUUAACGCUUUGCGAUGAUAGGGGAUAGAACUCUUUUAGUUAGGUCAUCAAGGGGGCUGAAUUGUGGAGGGGAAUGCCGUACAUUGGUGAGAAAGAUGAGGAAAAGAUAGCUUAGGGAUGUCGGAGAGACCAGGUAGAGAACCCACAACUUUGUGUGAUUAAUUCUCCUUCUUCUACUACUACGUUUGUUCCUCUGGUGCUGGUGCUGGUGCUGGGCUUUGGGAGAUUGAAGAUGACCAUGGCAACGGUCAGCUCGCGUAUGCUUCACCGGCUCUUUUUGCCCCCACGUGAAGAAGGAAAUACAAGGAAAUUGAACUUAGCCUCAUCUAAUUCAAUUGGCGGUAGCAAUAAAAUGAGUUAUAGAUUUCUACAACCCAGGCAAGGACGGCGCGUAUCUUCUGUAAUUGCUGUAAACGCAGCCUUCAGAGCUUCUUUUAAUCAGGUCGGGAGGUUUAUGGUCGGGGAAUCGGUUAGAUCGACGCCCUACUGUCACACUUUUAUGUCAUCAAUUCAUUUUCAGCAAUACAGUAAGAGAAAUAGAGGAAGAAUCUGCAAUAGCAAACCAGUCCUGGCUGAAAAGGAUCGGCCAGGAAAGGGCUCGAAACCCAGGCGGAGGCUGCGGUUACGUGGUCGUUUGAGGCUUCUGAUGCGCUAUGUUCGUCGUGGGUUAGGACCGCCAGCAGGCUUCUCAUGGAAACCUUUAUUACUUGGUGCCUUGGUGACAUGCACAUUUACUCUUGUUGCACUUUUUUUACGGGUUUCAGCUGGGCCAGCUCCUCAAAAUACUCCAUAUUCAGAUCUUAUAGAUCAUAUUCAUGCGCGUACUGUUACUUCGGCUCUCUUCGAAGAAGGCUCCCAACGGCUUUUGUUCAACGUGCAACCUGUCGUUAAAGAACCCGAUGUUGUUGAGCAUCCAAGUUUAUCAGUAGAAGAGAAUUCUAGCUCAGAUGAAGUACCAAAACCCGAGACAGGUCUGCGUGAAAAAAUUCGUGUUCCAAAGGUGCAACAGAAGGGUGAAUGGCAAUACGUGACGCGCCGAGUACGAAACGAUGAGGCAUAUUUGCUGGGGCUCAUGAGGGAGAAGGGCGUCCGGUACAGCUCUGCUCCACAGUCUGUCACCGCGUCGAUACGAUCAUUACUUAUCACAAUUGUUUCUCUCUGGAUUCCUCUUAGUCCUCUAGUUUGGCUACUUCACCGACAAAUUUCAGGAAAUAACUCGACGUCUCAGAAGCGACGUUCAAAAAAGAAUCUCGUCAAUUUUACUGAUGUUGCAGGAAUAGACACAGCCAAAGCAGAGCUCGCUGAGAUCGUGGCAUGUCUAAGAGGCACGUCCAAUUAUGCUAGCCUGGGAGCUAAACUCCCAAAAGGAGUCUUAUUGGUAGGACCCCCUGGAACAGGCAAAACUCUGCUUGCUCGUGCUGUAGCUGGAGAAGCUGGUGUUCCGUUUUUCUCAGCCUCUGCGAGUGAAUUCGUUGAGAUGUUUGUCGGGAGGGGAGCAGCACGCAUUCGUGAGUUGUUUGCAGAGGCUAAGAAGAAUACACCUUCAAUUGUGUUCAUUGAUGAAUUGGAUGCUGUGGGUGGCAAACGAGGUCGUAGCUUUAACGAUGAGAGGGACCAAACACUUAAUCAGUUGUUGACAGAAAUGGACGGAUUUGAUUCCGAGACAGGAGUGAUGGUAAUUGCAGCUACAAAUCGGCCUGAAGUACUGGACGCUGCUCUCACCCGACCCGGUAGGAUAUCAAGGAGAGUGAAUGUGGACGCACCCGAUUUUGAAGGGAGGCAGCAAGUGCUAGCUGUGCACAUGCGCUCCACACCAGUUGAUGGAGAUGCAGCCACAGUUCGUGCAGUGAUAGCAAAGCUUACACCAGGUUUCGUUGGUGCUGAUCUUGCUAACGUGGUCAAUGAAGCCGCUCUUCUUGCUGCACGUGAAGGUCGCCCAGCUGUUACUUUGGACGACUUUAAAGAAGCAGUUAUUCGCGCCAAGUAUGGAGUUGGUGACAAUAGGAAGGUCAGUAAGCCAUUCGAGGAUCAGCUAAAUCAAUGGUUCAGCUGGGUUUCAAAGUCACAACCGAAGCAGUUGCGAGGUAGCAAAGAGCCACCUGCAGGCUAUAGGACUGUACCAUAUAAUGGUUAGUGUCAUCCAUCUAGGUAUCAAGGAUAUUCUUCAAUGUCAAAUUUACACAUAUUGAAGUUGACUUUGUUCCUAGGUCUAAAAACCCUGAGAUUCCUUUGAGGCUUAGGAAGAAUUCACUUGUCUGGUAUUGACCAUUUUAGGGGAUCAACUGUAUCUAUGCACCUUUCAAUAUGAAACCACGGAAUCUUGCGUCUUGGCAUUCAAACGAAGCCCGUACUUUGAAGGAA